AUGGACGCCGCCGACGAGCUGAAGCGUGCACGCGGCGGCGGCGGCAAGCAAUCUGUGGACCAGCUGAGCGCCCUGCCGGACGACCUCCUGCACGCCGUCCUUUCGCGCCUCAAGGCCCGUCAGGUGGUGCGGACGUGCGUGCUGUCCACGCGGUGGAGGCACCUCUGGCGCUCCGUGUCGUGCCUCCGCAUCGACCAGCGGGAGUUCGCCACGGCCAGCGACGGCUUCCUCCUCGAGCGGCAAAGAUUCAAGAACUUUGCUCACAUCGUGCUGCGACGCCACGAUGCUGCGUUCCUAGAAGAAUUUCGGCUGCAUGUAGGCUUUGGCUGUGAUUUUUUGAGUCGAUAUGCUGAGAGCUGGGUCCGCCACGGCAUAAGUCAGGAUGAGACAUGGCCUUGCCGACUCAAAAGGUUGCAUGUUAACAACGUGUGUUUGGACAGUUAUUUUGCCAGGCACAUCAAUUCGCGGUGCCCUGCUCUUGAGGACAUGCGACUGAAAAACUGCAGCUUCUUGCUCACCGAGGACAUCAGGUUUACCUCCGCUUCCCUAAAGAAAGUGGUUAUCAUCGGCUUCCGUGUGCUAGAAAAUAAUCCUUUCGGGCUGAUUUUGGAGGCUCCUGCCCUUGCUUCACUCCGCCUGACCGGGCAUCAUCCUCACAUUUGCGAUAACGACCUGAUUGAGAUGCAAUUGUCUUUGCUCGACGAGCUUUUCAAUGUGAUGAGUUUGCAUUUGUCUCGUUUCGGUGUCAUGUUUCUUGUUCUUGGUGAUGAUCCUGGUCUGUAUUUCCCCAAGUUCAAAAACCUCAAGACGUUGUCCUUGGAGGAUUGUGAUAUCAGUGAUGACUUCCUCACGCUGAAGCAUUUCCUACGGAACUCACCUAAUUUGGAGAAGCUCAUGUUGCCCUGUUGCAAGCUCUUCAAUCCCAGACCAAAAAGAUAUACAAAGGAGAUAAUGGGAAAGGCUCACUCAUAUUCCCAGGACACGGCGAUUGUUGAGUGCAAGAACCUCAGGCUCACUGAAAUCAUAUACCCGAAUAUUGAACCUAUGAAGGUUGAGGAAGCUCUUGAGGAUCCGGAUUGGGUGAACGCUAUGCAUGAAGAGCUACACAACUUUGAGAGGAAUCUAGUGUGGACAUCUGUAGAAAAUCCGGACGACAACCACAAUGUCACAGGAACCAAAUGGGUGUUUCGGAAUAAGCAAGAUGAGGAUGGACAAGGUCUACCCAACAAGGCCCGGCUCCUCGCCCAGGGCUAUACUCAAGUCGAAGCUUAG